GACACACUUUCUUUCACACCUCUCUUCGCCUUCUCUACCGUUUCCUCUCUCUCUCUCUCUCGUUUCAAUUUCUCCCAUCCCAUAUUAAUGUCAAAACCGUAGAGAGCUUUCCACAAGUUCCCCAGAAUAACAACCAAAAAUCAAUGGCGACAGCUUCUCUCCACUUCUUCUCCCUUUCUUCUCUCCUCUGCUUCCUUCUCCUCUCCGCCGUGUCUUUCGCCGCCGACCCUUUCGUCUCCUACGACUUCAAAGUCUCUUACAUCACUGCUUCCCCUCUCGGCGUUCCUCAACAGGUGAUAGCCGUGAAUGGGCAGUUUCCAGGGCCUCUGCUUAAUGCAACGACCAACUACAAUGUUGUUGUUAGAGUCUCUAAUCACUUGGAUGAGUCUCUUCUCUUGACUUGGUCUGGCAUCCAAAUGAGGCGUAACUCGUGGCAAGACGGUGUUCUUGCCACAAACUGCCCAAUCCCUCCGAGGUGGAACUUUACUUACCAGUUUCAAGUGAAGGAUCAAAUUGGGAGCUUCUUCUACUCUCCCUCGCUCAACUUUCAGAGAGCUUCUGGUGGUUUUGGUCCUAUUGUGGUUAAUAAUAGAAACAUUAUUCCUAUUCCUUUCCCACAGCCGGAUGGAGAAAUCAUCUUCAUGAUUGGUGAUUGGUACACUCAGGACCAUAAAGCACUGAGGAGAAUACUUGACUCUGGGAAAGAACUUGGGAUGCCUGAUGGAGUUCUAAUCAAUGGGAAGGGUCCUUAUAAGUAUAACAGUAGUGUUCCUGAUGGAAUUGAUUACUUGACUGCUCAUGUUGAACCAGGGAAGACAUACAGGGUCCGUGUUCACAACGUUGGGAUCUCGACAAGCCUGAACUUCAGGAUUCAGAAUCACAAUUUGCUUUUGGUGGAAACCGAUGGUCACUAUACCUCACAGACAAACUUUACUGAUUUCGAUAUUCAUGUAGGACAGUCGUAUUCAUUCCUUGUAACCAUGGACCAAAACGCCACAAGUGACUACUACAUUGUGGCCAGUGCUAGAUUUGUGAAUGAAACCGUGUGGCAAAGAGUCACUGGUGUCGCCAUUCUCCAUUAUUCUAACUCCAAUGGACCUGCUUCUGGUCCUUUACCAGUUCCAAAAACAGAUGUUUCUGCUCCGUGGUCAGCAAUGACCCAGCCAAGGGCCAUUAGGCAAAAUACAUCUGCUAGUGGAGCCCGUCCAAACCCCCAGGGAUCAUUUCACUACGGUCAAAUAAACAUUACUAACACAUACAUCUUGAGAAGUUUGCCUCCAACAACGAUUAACGGGUCACUUCGUGCUACACUUAACGGGAUUUCGUUUGUGAAUCCACGCACUCCAGUGAGGCUUGCGGAUCUCCAUAAAGUGAAAGGAGAUUAUAAGCUGGACUUUCCUGACAGGCCUUUUGAUAGACCUCCUCGUUUGGAUACAUCUAUGAUCAACGCAACAUACAAGGGCUUUAUACAAGUUGUUUUCCAGAACAAUGACACCAAGAUACAGAGCUUCCAUGUUGACGGCUAUACGUUCUUCGUUGUUGGGAUGGACUUUGGUGUUUGGUCUGAAGACAAGAAGGGUUCAUAUAACAAUUAUGAUGCCAUCUCAAGAAGUACAAUAGAGGUUUACCCAGGAGGAUGGACGGCUGGACUUAUUUCACUUGAUAACGUUGGAGUGUGGAACAUAAGAGUAGAGAAUCUUGACAGAUGGUAUCUUGGUCAAGAAACUUACAUGAGGAUCAUAAACCCUGAGGAGAAUGGCCAGACAGAGAUGGAUCCCCCUUCCAAUGUCCUUUACUGUGGCGCUCUUAAGAACAUGCAGAAGGAGCAACACCAUUCAGCUGCAACCUCUAUAUUAAAUGGACACUUGAAGCUAAUGUUUAGCAUGCUAAUGGCAUUGGUUUUCACUUUUUGCUGAGCUUUUUUAUAUCUUUUGUGUUGAUCGACCUGGAGGAAGUGAAGUUCUCCGGUCUGUGUGUCAUGGUCUCCCUACUAGCUCGGCUGUAGAUCGUAGUUUAUGUUAAACAUUGGAUUAUUUUAGUGGUUUCAGGUUAAUUAGUCCUCAUAUUCCAUAGUUCCUGCGUGGUAUUCGAUCAAAUUGGUUCAGAAUCAUUUUGGAUUAUCUUGUGCCUUGGUCUUUCUUACCACUAUUCUCAAUUGUAAUGAAAAUGUUGUGGUUUGCUUUGUUGUUGUCUUCUUCUAAACCAUCCACAUCCUUCAUGUUUCUUGAUAUGUUUUCAAUCAGCAA